AUGGCGUCAAGCAACGAUACCGUUAUUCUUCCAGCACCAGCCCACGAUCAAACCUACGUUACAAUCUCAGCCCUCGAGGCCGGCCAGCUUACCCUUCCCGAGAGACUCUUCGUCACAGAUGCCGACCCAGAAAGGCGCGCGACAGUCCCAUCUCUCUCUUUCUUGAUUCGACACGGUUCAUCCAAUCUCGUCUUCGAUCUCGGUCUCAAACGCGACUUCUCUGGCUACCGGGAAGCUCAACAGCAACAUAUCGCGCAGCGCCAGCCUACGAGUGUCAGCCCGGAUGCAGCUGAGAGCCUGCGAGGAGGUGGACUUGACCCAAAAGAUGUUGACGUGGUGAUGCUGAGCCAUGUUCACUGGGAUCAUGUGGGUACACCGAGCGAUUUCACAAAAGCGCGAUUUGUGGUCGGAAGUGGGACUAUGCAUCUUCUUGCGAACGGUGGUGGGCCGCUUUAUCCAUCCGAGAUAUUCAACCCUGAUGAGUUGCCUGCCGACCGAACGAGUGAGCUACCACCUGUUCGCAAGGCAGAAGCUCCACGCGCAUUCAAAAACCAGUUGAAAGGACUUGAGUGGAAGCCGCUGGCGGGGUUCCCCGCCUCGAUAGACUUCUAUGGAGACGGAUCAUUAUUCAUCAUCGAUGCGCCAGGGCACUUGUUCGGACACAUCAACCUUCUCGCCCGAACAGGGCCAAAGAAAUGGGUAUAUCUUGGUGGCGACUGUUGUCAUGACCCACGAAUCUUGAGCGGCGAGAAGGGCAUCGCGCUCUAUGACGAUGGAAAGGGUGGUCUGAGAAGUGUGCAUGCUGACACUGAUGCUGCAGCGGCUACCGUCGAAACAAUAGCGAGGCUCUUGAAGCGAGGGACUGUCCGUGAGGAAGGUGGAAGCCCUGUAGAGGUAGAGUGCACCCCAACACGGCUCUGGGAAGGCUUUGAAAUGCAACGGCAACAUACCGAGGCGAUGGAAGGCGUCACGAGGACUUGUGCGACCAUAGUUGAGGAACGCAGGGCCGAACUCGAACGGCAAGAAAACAAAAUCAAGGAGCGCGAAGUUGAGCUCCAGAAAUGCAGGGCGCGACUCCAGGAAGCCGAGACUCAGUUGGAUGUUGCUCGAAGCUGUCUUGCCACUAUGGGGCAGAACAACUACGUAACACAUCAGUACACCGCGGAGACGAACGACGUCUAUGCAGACACGGAUCAUGAUAGACUCUCGAGUCACCCGGCGCCCCCUCCUUAUUCGCCUGCCAACGAUCUCGAUCACGAAAGGAUACCAGCAGCAAGUGACGCGCCGAUAGACGGAGACACAGAUCAACUACACCAGAGAGAGCGCGAUCAUGGAAGCAGCGACUCUGAUAACAGCAGCGAUGAACGCGACUACCAUGAGCGGAGGAGAAAACUCAUCGCAGAACUUCUCCCUCUUUACAGGGAGAUUGGCAAGUCAAAGAGUGAGCUGACGAAACGCAAAAGAGAAGCACGGGCGCCCCAGGAGAUGAUCGGACUGCUUCGAAGACACAUCAGCCUCAUGGAACAAGCGAUGGGUCCGCUGAAGCAGUUGGCAUUCGAUGUUGGGGAGUUCGAUCCUUUAGUUGAUACCGCGAUAGAGGCCGCUAUUGGAGGACCGAUGUCCCUAGGAUGGUGA